AUGAGGGGCUCUUUCUUCUCGUUCUUGACCACUUUGUUUCUCUUCUUGACUCUCUCUGCUGCCAGUCCAGUGGGCCAGGAUGCUGGCAAUCUUGCAAAGCGUGUCAAUGCCGGCUCGCUGCAGCAGGUGACUAACUUUGGGAGCAACCCUUCUGGAACGAAGAUGUACAUCUACGUUCCCAAGAAGUUGGCCAGCAACCCCGGUGUCGUCGUUGCCAUCCACUACUGCACUGGUACCGCCCAAGCUUACUACACUGGCUCCCCUUACGCUCAGCUGGCUGAGCAGUAUGGCUUCAUUGUCAUCUACCCCGAAAGCCCCUACAGCGGAACUUGCUGGGAUGUCAGCUCCAAGGCUGCUCUGACCCACAACGGUGGUGGUGACAGCAACUCGAUCGCCAACAUGGUCGACUGGACUACCAAGCAGUACAAGGUGGACACCAGCAAGAUCUUCGUCACCGGAUCUAGCUCUGGUGCCAUGAUGACCAACGUCAUGGCCGCAACCUACCCCGAGCUGUUCAAGGCCGCCGUUGUUUACUCCGGAGUUCCCGCCGGAUGCUUCUACUCCGCCGCCAACCAAGCCGAUGCUUGGAACAGCAGCUGCGCCCAGGGUAAAGUGAUCAGCACCCCUCAGCACUGGGGCGGAAUCGCCAAGGCCAUGUACGCCGGCUACACUGGCUCUCGCCCUCGCAUGCAGAUCUACCACGGUACCGCCGACACCACCCUCUACCCUCAGAACUUCUACGAGACCUGCAAGGAGUGGGCCGGUGUCUUCGGCUACAACUACGAUGCGCCCCAAUCGGUUCUGAACAACAACCCCCAGGCCAACUACAAGACCACCAACUGGGGUCCCAACCUGCAGGGUAUUCUCGCCACCGGCGUUGGUCACACUGUUCCGAUUCACGGUUCGAAGGAUAUGGAUUGGUUUGGAUUUUCAGGUAGCGGUUCCUCCGACGGCGGCUCCCCCGGCAGCGGCUCCUCGCCUUCUACGACCACAUCGACUAACCAAGGCAGCACAACGACGACAAGCGUGAGCACGGGUCCUACCCAAGGCUCUGGAGGAUCUGGCGGCUCGGGCGGCGGCGUUGCCCAACAAUGGGGCCAAUGUGGAGGUAACGGUUGGACUGGUCCAACUCAAUGCGCGGCAGGACUCACCUGCACGGCCUCUAACCCCUGGUACUCCCAGUGUCUGUAA